AUGGCUGGAGGCAAUGCCGAGAAAGGGCAGCGCUACACUGCGGCCCUAGACCAGGCACGGAGCCAAGGGAAAUGGGAUGAGGUUCCCGAACUGAUUAGGAAAGUCACAAAACAUGCACCGCAAAAGACUUGUGUGAUACAGACCGCAACUGCCGAAUCGCGCGUGAUAUCGUAUCUCCAACAAAGGUCGUCCGGCGACGACUCGUCAUCUUCGCCAAAUCUUGUCGAGCUGAUCCCCGCCUUGUUAAUGAUCAUCGAGAACAAUGACGGGUCACCACAAGAACUACUACAGGCCCAGGUUUGUUUGGGAUGGAUCCAUUGGGUCUUGAAUGAGCCUGCGCUUGCAGCGGCACGUCUUCCUGCGAGCUUUUCGGGGACAGUUGAUAGUUUGGCUGGAGGAGGAGAAGCCCCGACUGCGUGGACCGAGGUCUGUCUUGUGAAGGGAUGCUACCUCAAGGCAAUUGCACAAUCUAUUAUUUUCAACAUUGAUGAGACGUUAGAGACAUUUGGAUCUUUAAUUCCGUGGCUGAACGGCGGCAAGCUGACGUCGAUCACCACCCCUCAAUUCCUGGAAUGGUCCGAGUCCCUCCUGGGCAAGGGCGCCCUUUUGGCCAGUGAAGAGGCGAGCAAGAAGACACCAUACUCGGACCCUGAACAUGUUGAUGUUGCUCUACGAUUGCUGCGCUUGUGGGCUUCUCAUCCCUUCGUCAAGCAAGGAAGCCCCACCAAAUCGCCAAAUGCGGAUGGAUCCGGCACAGUUUCUCGGUCAUCAGUAUGGACUGCUUACUAUGGAGUCCUCACAAUUGUCUUACAAGACGGACUCAAUUACAGCGGCCCUAACGAGGGGCCUGAUCGCCCACAACUUGCCACUGAACUGCGCCGUGUAGAAUCCAUCUGUGAGGGCAACCUUCUCCGUGAAGUCAAGUUUCCUACUGCCAGCUCCCAGAACAAUCAAGUCGAAGCAUGGGUAGAGCAAGUGAUAAGCAACUGGGAAGUUUUAUGUGGCCCUGAGUGGCAGGACUCGGACCUCGGUGAAGGUGGCCAGAAUGCUGUCGGCCGCAACGUCUUAGACAUUUUGUACCGUGCAGCGACAAAGACUUAUCAUUCUCAUCUUGUCCUCCGUCGUCUUUUCCAUGUCCAUGCCUCCUUGGCAGACUUUGAUCUCGCCGUGAAGGCACUCGAUUCUUAUAUUGAGAUUGUUACCGCAGCUAAAGAGAGAGCAGAAAAGUCCGCCGAGUCAGGUGAACUGGAAAAAGAUGAAAUUCUAUUGCAGACUUUGUCUGAAGGAGUGACCUUGUUGACUUGCCACGGCUCCUUCGAGGAGGCAGAGAAAGCCCGCGAUUUGACUGAUAUGAUACGGGAGUAUCUUGACAAACAUACUGUUCUCGUCAACGGCGGCAUGAACGGGGAAGUCAACGGCAACUCAUCAAAAUCUCCUGAUAUUCCUUUGUCGGUGUUGGCCUUGUCCUACCGGGCCGUGGGAGUUGGACUGGCUAGCUGGGCCAGUUGGACCCCUAUGAAUGAAUCGCGGGAUGAAAUUCGAGCAGAUGCAAUUGACUUCCUAGAGAAGAGUCUUGAGCCAGAACUGUGCAACAGCUCAAGUUAUUCAUCUCUCUAUACCCUGGGUCUGGUCUUGGCAGAGAACAGAGAUUUAGACACGGCAAUUGACUAUAUCAAAUCAGCUUUGACACCCAGCGGUCUGUCCGUUGCAGUUGCCGAAGACCUCUCCAAAGAACGGGACUUAGUGUCUCUGUGGCAUCUACUUGCGCUGUUGCUGAGUGCAAAGCAAGAAUUUGAGAUUGCCGGGCGUUCAUGCGAAGCAGCAUUUGAACAAUUUCCAAAAGAAAUUUUCUCGAAAGGCAACCGUGAAAGGCGGUCAUCGAGAAAUUCGCACAGUUCUGGAACACAGCGCCCGCUUCUUACUCGGCUGUCAGGUAGAGAAAAGGAACGAAUCAUUCAAACUCGCAUUACACAACUUGCGUUUGUUGAACUCCUGGACGGCCCCGAGGCUGCGGUAAACCACAGCGAGCAACUACUGAGUUUGUUUGGCACCCUUUUCCAUGACCUGAACCUCGAAACCGAAGAGUCCAAGUGCAAGUCAGAGCACUUGGUGCCACCAAAAAGCUCCGCUGGUACUACGAAGAGCUUCCGUGGUAGUAUAUUCAGCCGAAACAGAGCAUCUCAGCUACCAGAUCGACGUGCUGGUCAUUCCAAUGGUUCUGACACUGUCCCACCCACGCCAGCUAUUCCUAAUGGUCAUACAGCGGAAGCUCCAUCAAUCCAAAUCACGGAUGGAGAUGCAAACAGCUAUAAGGAAAAGGCCUCCACAAUUGGGCGGACAGAUUCAAAGAGACUCAAAAAGCGAAGCUCAAGCUUCCACCGGAACGAGAGGCCACGCGUUGAAGAUCCUCCACUUCCCGGAGGCGAAGCCUCUCCAGAUAUGAUUGGGAUUGCAAUGUCGGGUAACACGUCACCAGAGACGGUAAUCCAUCCUUCCAAGGGCAAGCAAUCAUUGCCUCCAAUGGCACACAAUGCCAACUACAGACAAGAACCACUUCCCGCCGGACACGAGGACCAGCCCCCACAGCAGGAUAUUCGGCUCCCAAUCACUCAUCGCUUUGAUUCUCCCACAGGGGCCGUUACAAAGUUCUCCCUUGUACAAUCCCAAAAGCAUGCUUUGGGUCUCCUUGUCAGAAUCUGGCUGGUCAUCGCCGGACUCUACCGUCGCGCGUCCCUCUUGGAUGAUGCCCGUGAAGCCUGCGAAGAAGCUUUGAAACAAGCUACGCGAGUUGAAACACUUGUUGCGUCGCAUGAAUCGUCAGCUCGCUCGUUUAGCAAGCGUGGCUGGGGCUCUUCCAAGAGUUCGGAAGAACUCUGGGCCGAUGUUUACGCCGAACAGGCGCUCCUGGCACAGGCUGCCUUGAACCCUCAUCAGGCUAUCAGGCACUAUGAGGAAGCCUUAUUACGCUGCCAGGACCAUCCGAUGGCAACCAUCGGACUUGCUAAUUUGCUAUUAGACAUCUGGGAUCGGACUCUCUCCCCAGAGCCCUUGAAUGCAGAUGUGGAUCUUAACGUUUCGCGUCUGUCAUUACUCGCGGAGACUCCCAAACCCAAGUCCGCGAAAGCCAUUUCAACUGAUGAUUUGAAGGUAUCUCGGGAACACGAGAAUGCAGAACCUGAUGAGGUCCUUUCCUCCCCACACGAUGUCGAACCCCAGCAGCUCCAUCGUCUUGCGGCCCGGGAUCGCGCCUACGGGCUCCUUUCGGCAUUGACAAAGCUCGGUAGCUCCUGGGACAGCUCUGAGGCAUGGUAUGCCUUGUCCAGGGCAUACGAGGCCGGCGAGCAAGUCGAGAAGUUGAAAGAAGUUCUCUGGUGGUGCAUUGAACUAGAGGACAGACGACCAAUUCGUCACUGGUCGAACAUCGGCUCCGGUCUAUAUGUUCUCUGA